GGUGUGCCAUGCAAUUACGACGACGAUGACGUGGAUUUUGAUGUGCUCGGAUGGUGGAAGCGGAACGAACACAUGUUCCCAUGUCUCGGCAUGCUAGCAAGACAAGUGUUAUCCGUUCCGGUAUCAACCGUAGCAGUUGAACGAGAAUUCAGUGCUAGCGGCAACAUUCUAACCAACUUUCGAAGUUGUCUUAGCGCUGAAUCUCUUGAAACACUGGUUUGCAACCAAGAUUGGCUCUUGGCAAGACGUCGAGCUCAAGAGUCAUCGUACCUACUCGAAUCGGAGCAUUACAUGAAUGCAACAACAGAUGGAAGUCCGAGUUCUGAAGAAUAAGUUAUAAUUUUUUUAUGUUAAUGUAGAUAUGUAAUUAGUUU